AUGACAAUAAGUUCGAAAACACAAUCUCACCUAACCCUUCCUGUCAUCGACUUCUCGAUUCCAAAUCUCAAACCGGAAACUCCCGAGUGGGACUCGGUGAGAGCCCAAGUCCGAACGGCCCUAGAAGACUACGGAUGUUUCGAGGCCUUGUUCGACGAAGCUUCAGUAGAGCUACGUAAGGCGCUGUUCGAGGCCUCAGAGAGAGUUUUCGAUUUACCAUUGGAAACCAAACUGAGAACAAAGUCUGACAAACUCUACAGAGGAUACUCUGGUCAGCAUCCGACUCUACCUUUAUAUGAAGCUAUGGGCUUUGACGGUGCAGAUAAUCCUCAAGGUGUCGAUGAAUUGACCUACAGGCUUUGGCCUCAAGGCAACAUCACAUUCAGAAAGAAUGUUCAGUCAUUCGCGGAGAAUUUAAUAGCAUUAGACGUGAAGGUGAGAACGAUGAUCAUGGAGAGUUUUGGCCUCGAGAAAUACAUCGAGGAGCACCUUAACUCAGCGGGGAAACACUUUCGUCUUAUUAAAUAUAGAGGACUUGACGAAAAGUCAGAGGAGCAGCCAGGCCUCAACCCUCAUAUCGAUAGCCAUUUCCUUACAAUUCUUUGUCAAAAUGACGUAGUAGAUGGCGUGGAGAUCAAAGCCAGAGAUGGUGAAGAGUGGAUCAAAGCUAAGCCAACUCAAGACUCUUCUUUCCUCGUUAUAGCUGGAGCUUCACUUCAUGUACUAUUUAAUGGUAGGGUGUUUCCUCCGUUUCACCGUGUGGUUAUAACCGGGAAGAAAGAUCGCCACGUGGCUGGACUGUUCUUGCUUCCCAAAGAAGGACUGAUUAUAAAUGCACUCGAGGAGAUGGUCGAUGAUGAGCAUCCUCCUCUCUAUAAGCCUUUUGAUUUUGAGGCUUACUUCAAGUUCAACAUCAUCAAUAGGUCUGAUACCUAUAAGAGGGAUUUAUCUGCUCUUAAGGCUUAUUGCUCUCUCUAA